GUAAGAGAGAGGGAGCGAAUUUCUCACGCAGGGAGAAAAUUAGCACAUGGACGUGAAACGCUCAAGGUUGAAACAUUGCAAAGAAUAAAACGAUAGAAACACAGGUGAGAAACGAGCGCGCGGAGUUUCUAGCCUCCUCUCCUGGGACGCAGAAUGUGCCGGGGGGAUGCACAAAACGCCAGCUGCUAUGAGAGAGAUGUCUCGUUUUCACUUUCUCCUUUUCGCUUUAAAGCUUUCCUGGUGAUUCUACAUGAAGCAGAUUAAUGUGUGGGGGAAACUGAACCACGGACACGCCGUGCAUUCCCAGCGCUGCCUCUUGUUCGCGUGGACGCAAGUUUGAUCGCUGUUAUUGGAGAGUGUCUCGACUACAAGCCUGCCCCGGGUGUGGAUAUGACUUCCUGGCUACGUAAAUACGGCAAUCCUGUGCUGCUCUUCCUGCUUUUGGCCGCUAACAUCACCAGCGGGAGCUCUCAUUCCGGUGAGAGUGUGUGUUCGUCUCCUCCUGUCUCGUCAUGUUCAGAGUGCCUCCGACGCGGACCACAGUGUGCCUGGUGCUUUCAGGAGGGUUUCCUGGAAGGAGCGGAGGUGGGAGUGCGCUGUGACCUUGCAGUGACCCUGGCCAGGAGGGGGUGUGGCCUAGAGUUCAUAGAGCAUCCAGAGGUCAUGGUGGAGGUCAAGCCGACGACCAGCAGCACCCAGGUUUCACCUGGAGAGAUCACACUCACACUCCGACCAGGUGCUGAGGCCAGUGUGAUAGUAGCAGUACAGCAGUUAGAGAGGUAUCCCGUUGAUCUGUACUACCUGGUGGACGUAUCAGCAUCCAUGCAGGAAAACCUGGACCAGCUGAAGAAGGUGGGUGUGGCCUUGUCCCAACGUAUGAGAGAACAUUCCAGUGAUCUGCGUCUGGGGUUCGGCUCCUUCGUCGACAAACCUGUCUCUCCCUACAUCAACGUACACCCCUCCAAGAUAAACAACCCCUGCAGUGACUAUGAGGUGAAGUGUCUUCCAGCCCAUGGCUUCCACCAUGUUCUUAGUAUGACAUCCAAUAUGUCAGAGUUUACACGCGUCAUCAAGAGACAGAGGAUAUCAGGCAACAUGGACACACCUGAGGGAGGGCUGGAUGCUAUGCUGCAAGCUACUGUAUGCCAGGGUGAGGUGGGUUGGCGUGGGGAGGCCAAGCGUCUGUUGUUGUUGAUGACAGAUCAGCCUUCUCACCUGGCGUUGGACAGCAGAUUGGCUGGUAUAGUCACACCCCAUGACGGACUCUGCCAUCUGGAGAACAACGUCUAUAGGAAGAGUUCUACCAUGGACCAUCCCAGUUUAGGCCUGCUGGCCGAGAAGCUUCUAGAGAACCACAUCUAUUCUCUCUUUGCUGUGGAACAACUACAAUAUCAGUGGUAUGAGGAGUUGGUCAGGUUGCUACCGGGCUCCAAUCUUCUGUUCCAGGCUCCCAACCUCAUAGACCUGGUGGUGGAUGCAUACAAGAGGUUGUUGUCAGUUGUCCAGGUGUCUGUGUCAGUGGAGGACAGAGCGUUUAGUCGUUUUCUGGUCAGUGUCUCUCCUCUCUGUCCGGAAGGAUCUGUAUCCCACGACAACCGCAGCUGUUCCAACGUCCAGCCCAACCAGACGGUCUACUUCAACAUCACCAUCGGCCUGCCCUCUUGUCCUGACGAUUAUGAUGAUGAUGAUGACGUGGUCCAGGUCUUCAUCAGGCCCGUAGGUUACAAUGAGUCAGUCGUCGUCAAGGUUCGAUCACGAUGUCGCUGUCACUGUUGCCACGACCUCACCACCCACCAGUCAACUUGUGGAGAGGACACCCCUGAUACAGACCAUAAUAAUCAAGAACUGAACACUCAUACACACACACCGGAGUUGGACCUAGAGCACGCACACACACACCGGCACACACACUCCCCGGAGCGGUUGCGGCAGUGUGGUGCGGAGGGGUCGGGGGUGGACUGUAGUGGUCGGGGAGUGUGUGCGUGUGAGAGGUGUGUGUGUGACAGGAACAGUCUGGGGACGGUGUAUGGAACGUACUGUCAGAUGGACGACUACUCCUGCCCCUACCAACACGGACUACUGUGUGGAGGACGAGGUAUGUGUGUGUCCAGUGAGUGUGUAUGUGAGGAGGGCUGGACAGGGGAGAGCUGCGGGUGCCCGGUCUCCACGGCAACCUGCCUGCUCAACAAUGGGUUGCUAUGCAGUGGGCGUGGCAGGUGUGUCUGUGGCAAGUGUGUGUGUGACGACCAUCAACAUUCCGGAGCGUUCUGUGAGAGAUGUCCCACCUGCCACAGCUCCUGUCAGUCACACUGGAGGUGUAUAGACUGUCACUUGUCUCACGGUCUGUCUCAGAGAAAGGCGGGGCAUUGCAACCAGACCUGCACCCCAUUGGUGGGUUACGUCAAUGGUGUCACAGGUGAGGUAUGGCGACAGUGUGUUUAUAUGAAAGACAACUGCCACUAUCGCUUCUACACUGAACUGGUGUCAGGAAAUACUCAGCUACACAUAAACACACAGCCUGAGUGUGAAUCCAGAGGGCGGUACAUGGGGACGUUUCUCAGUGUGUGUGUGUUGACGUUCCUCCCUGGCCUGGUGAUGCUGGCUGUACUGGCGCUGCUGCUGCAGGGACGAUCCCUGCCACAGGGUGGUACCACUGACCCACAAUACAACCCUACUGGCAAGUCAAACGUCCCAACGACUAAUGAGAAGACCACAUCCUACCGGAGGGACUGUCCACCGGACCCUGACCGGCCAAUGGAGAUGCAUAUCACCAUUCCCAAGAUGCCCCUGGGCGAACCCUGCCAGUGAGUGGUCAGUGGUUGAAGGUCAGAGGUUGAAGUAGGCCGGUGCUGACCGGUACAGAAAAGCAGCAUGUCUAGUUUUCUACUGCUUAAAAAGCAGCACCUUUUUGAGUCCACUUCAAUCACUGGUUACAGGUUAGGGGAAUGAUAAUAAUUCUUGAAAAACUGGACAGGGCAACAUUCCAAAUAAGAGUCCUGUAUUUCUGUGGCUUUCUGGACUGGCAGCCAUUUAAAGGUACUGAACAUUGAUCAUUGUUGUAUUUAUCAAUGCGAAUUAUGCUUUUAUCACAGAGAACACUAAAGGGUUACUAGUUUAGGGGUUCUCUCUCAUCACUGCUCAACCUAGGCGUCCUGUGUUAGCCUCCCACCUAUUGAUCAGUGGUGGAAUGACACACAACAGAAUGUAUGGCUAGAUGGAUGAGUGAAAGAUGAAUGAAUGGUGGACCUCACACACUUUAUUUUGUGUGUGUGUGUGUGUGUGUGUGUGUUUGUGUGCCUGACAUAACUGGAGUUUUUAGAGAACAGGUACAGCCUCCAAUUGUUGUUACUGUACAGAAUGCAUCUAGUUUUAAUAUUUGAAACAAGCAUUAGUUUAUUAAAUAGGCAUUAUUAUUUUUUGUUGUGAAGAAGCAGAGUAGAGAUUUGUACUAGCAUCAUAGUGUCACGUCAGACUACUGAGCAUUAAUUGGCUCCUGAACUAUUAGGGAGGCGCUGAUUGGCUCCUGAACUAUUGGGGCAACUGCUGAUUGGCUCCUGAACCACUGGGAAGGCUCCUGAUUGGCUCCUGUACUGGGAAGGUUCAUGAUUGGCUCAUGAACGUUCCAUAGUAUUACAGUUCUAUCUACAUGAAUUCCAGAACUAAGAACUAUGAAGGAGAAUUAAUUAAACAUUUGUUAGAUUUUCUACGUCUGAUGUUUACAGCAUAAGCUGCUAAUUUAUUUAGUCCAGAACAUUAUUAUUAUUUAUUAUGAUUGAUUUCCAAUAGUUUUUUUUGUAUGUUUGUAUGGCUGUAAUAUUACAGGACUGUAGCUCUGUUAAAUGAAUCACCAAUAAUAACAAUCAUCUCUAUAACUGGCAGACACAUUAUGUCAAAGACUUUAAAAGACUGGUAUCCCUUUUUUAGAACGGUAGCCAUCGUCUCACGUCAGAAAGCUUGACAACUCCCAUCUGCACUCCACAGUUCAUGGCAACGCGUCUGUCGGAAGACAAUAAAGGGUACCUACAUAAGGACUUCGUUACACGUUUAUAACCCUCAUUCAUAAGCAGUACUUAAGUUGUGUUGACUAAAUUCUUAUGUCAAGUUGAUAAUUUCUGCAUGAGUGACAUCACCGUGUUUGCCCAGUACAAUGGAACCAUAGCAAUAGUCCCAAAAGUUCAAACUCUAAGCUAAAUUAAACCCAUUUGACGUGUAUUUCACCUCAGCCUGCUAACUGGGCAUUGUGUUUGUAUAAUAACAGCAUUUGUAUGUAUAUUUUCUGUAAAGUCAUGUGGGGGGCCCCAUGGGGGGCCAGUAUGAAAAUGUAUGCACUCACUAACUGUAAGUCGCUCUGGAUAAGAGCGUCCGCUAAAUGACUAAAAUGUAAAAUGUAAUGUGAUUAAGAGUUCCUGUAACAUGAUUA